CUUUCCUACUACAAUUUGUUCAUUUGUAUACACAUGUCAUAUGGGUUUAAUGUUUAUAUAUGCAGAUGAAAGUAUAGUUAUAUUUUGUGCACGCUAUAUAGAGAACAUAUAAUCAGUAAAGUGUUAUUUGAAUUACUACAUCUAGAUUGCAACAAUAUCCCUGACCUUUUUCAGAAUCAAUAGAAAAUGUCAUCCUGGAAGAAAGCAUCAAAAAUUAACCAAAAGAGACACCGAGAACGACACCAACCUGAGAGUCGAGUUCAUCUUGGUUUGUUAGAGAAGAAGAAGGACUACAAGAAACGAGCAGAUGAUUACAAUAAAAAACAAGCUCUAUUAAAAAAGCUAAAGAUAAAGGCACAAAAUAAAAGUCCUGAUGAGUUUUACUUUCACAUGAUUAAUUCUAAAACUGUAGAUGGUGUUCAUAUGGAAAAGGGUGGUGAUAAACAUACACCAGAACAACUAAAACUGAUGGAGAGCAAAGAUCUAAACUAUGUAAGCUUCAGAAAAACAAUUGAAUCGAAGAAAAUCGAUCGGAUGCAAUCAAGACUUCAUCUAAUUGACGAAACAAAUACAAUCAAGAAUACACAUACGUUCUUUGUAGAGAAUGAAGAUGAAGUGAAGAACUUUGAUUUGGCUAAAAGGCUCGAUACUCAUCCAGAACUAAUUCCUAGAAGAACCAAUCGGUUGACUACCAGUGAGUUACAGAAUUUAGAUCUCCCUUCUGUCAGUGAGACGACCUCUGCCAAAUUAGAGAGACAGAGACAACAAGCUUACAAUCAACUGCUAAAACGCAUCAGAAGAGAAAAACAACUAAGUAUUGUGCAAAAUAAAUUACAGACAAAUAAGCUGUUAAAGGCAAGACAUGGUGUUAAACCAGUAAAAAUUAAACAUGCUACUAAGUCUGCUCCAGCCGUAUAUCAGUGGCCCUACAUCCGAAAGCGUUGACAUUAUGUAAAUUUCACCUAAUAAAUUUCUUUAUAAAAACAAAA